GAAGUAGAGGAGCGUCCGCGGCGCUCUUACCCGGAAGCGGAAGUAGUUGUGUUUCCAUGGCGGUGGCUGUGGUAGCUGAAGCUCCCGUGCUAUGGCGGCGGCUGCUAGAUUAUUUGCCCCGAGGGAAACCUGCCUUGGCCGCUCUGCUCGGCCGGCUCUCGGACCGCCUGACUCGGGGCCGCGAACGCCGCGCAGGCAGGUCAUCAUGGCUGCUGUUGGCCCCCCUGCUCUCUUCUGCUGUUCCUCAGCUAACAGUCCCGCCUUGUUGCCUCUGUCCUGAGGGAUCCCAUAGGUUUCAGUGGAUCAGAAACCUUGUCCCAGAGUUUGGCAUUGCCAGUUCCCAUGUCAAGGUGCUUUCCUCUCCAACUGAAUUCUACGAACUUAUGAAGGGACAGAUAAAGAUGGCUAAGCAGCGAGUAGUUUUGGCUUCACUCUACCUUGGGAUAGGACCCCUGGAACAGGAAUUAGUGGAUUGCAUUGAAAUGGCUUUGGAAAGGUCCUUGCAGGGAAGUGGGCCUUCCAACCUAAGAGUGUCUAUUCUCUUAGAUUUCACAAGGGGAUCUCGGGGCCGAAAGAACUCUCGGACCAUGCUUCUUCCACUCCUGAGGAGGUUUCCAGAGCAGGUCCGUGUGUCUCUCUUCCACACUCCUAAUCUGCGUGGUCUUCUUAGACUCCUAAUCCCAGAGCGUUUCAAUGAGACCAUUGGGUUGCAGCAUAUCAAGGUCUAUCUCUUUGAUGAUAAUGUGAUCUUGAGUGGAGCUAACUUGAGUGACUCCUACUUCACCAAUCGUCAAGAUCGCUAUGUGUUCCUACAAGAAUCACCUGAGAUUGCAGAUUUCUUUACUGAGCUGGUAGAUGCUGUUGGGGAUGUAUCCUUGCAGUUACAGCAAGAUGAUACAGUCCAAGUGAUGGAAGGCAUGGUGCAUCCAUAUCGAGGAGACAAGAUGGCCUAUUGUGAAGCAGCAAAUAGGAGAGUGAUGGAAGUGAUCAACUCUGCAAGGAUCAGACAGGAGCUGCUCCACACUCAGACUUUCCAUAGCAACCAUGCAGAAGGAGAAAUCCCAUUGUCCAAAGCUCCAAAGGCAGCUGGUGACAGGCAGCCUAAACCAGACACAUGGAUUUAUCCACUAAUACAGAUGAAACCUUUUGGGAUUCAGAUAGAUGAGAUUGUCACAGAGACUCUUUUGAUGGAAGCAGAGUGGGGUGCCAGCGUAUAUCUCACCACAGGCUACUUCAACCUCACACAAGCCUAUAUGGACCUGAUUCUAGGCACCAGGGCAAAGUACCAGAUCCUCCUAGCCUCACCAGAGGUGAAUGGGUUCUUUGGGGCCAAGGGAGUGGCAGGUGCCAUCCCUGCAGCCUAUGUAUACAUUGAGCGGCAAUUCUUCAGCCAAGUGUGCUGUCUGGGUCAGCAAGAGAGAAUUCAACUGCAGGAGUACUCUAGGAGUGCAUGGACAUUCCAUGCCAAAGGCCUGUGGUUGUACCUGGCAGGAAGCAGUCUACCCUGCUUAACUCUGAUUGGCUCUCCUAAUUUUGGGUACAGAUCUGUUCAUCGGGACCUUGAAGCACAGGUUGCAAUAGUGACAGAAAACAAAGCCCUGCAACAGCAGUUCCAUCAGGAGCAGGAGCAGCUUUACUUGCGGUCUAACACAGUGUCUGCCUUGACCUUUGAUCAGCCAAGUCGCUAUGUCAAGCUGUGGGUGAAGAUGGUGACACCACUGAUUAAGAACUUCUUCUGAAAAAAGAGAGGCUGGACCUUUUGGGGGAAUGGCUUUAAUGAAGAUGACUGGCAUCGAGGGUGUCAGCUCCUUCAGGCGUGCAUCACUGAUGACACCGGUCUGAACAUCCCAGCGUGCACCUGCAGCAGGACAGAAUUCUCAAAAGAUGCUGCAGCCUAGAGGGUGCUUUGUUUGCGGCAAGUGUUAAGAAAGGGAACCUCGCAUGACCAACCUUCUGUCUUUAGCAGCAUGGCUAAAGGCUAGAGCCCUGGCUUGAAUGUCAUCUCAAUUUACUUAAGUGGUUUGCAGCAUUAAUAAGAUCCAAACAGCUGGAUUCAUACCUCUGCCCUGAACCUAUUGCUCUAGAAAUCUAUAGAUUCUUCCUUCCACCAGAUCCUUUAUUCAGCCUUGUAAGUCAUGUAAACCCCAAUCUACAGUUAGUUGAGCAAUAAGGGUUAGGCUUCUUCAGCGCCCUUUAAUAACUACUAGUAGUGGGUGGGUGGACAUUUGUCUUAGCUACUACAUUCCCAGCCUUAGCCAUACUUAGAAACAAGGAGUAUUCUAAUACAGUCAAUUAAGCAUUUUGUCUGCUCUUAAAAAUUACACUCGAAGGACAGUAAAAUGGGCACGUGCUGCCCCCUGCUGACAUACUAAAGUGAUAUGAAAUAAUAAAAACAGCUAUUGCAAAGUGUUUUUUGUUCCUUUCGUG